CAUGUUAAAAUAUCCUUUAGUUAUUUAUGAGUUCCGUGUUUUAAUAAUAAACGCAUCUAGUGUGUGUAUUUUCGUCCAUUGUAAUUAAACUCUUAGAUGUUUGACCAUAUUAGUUGGUUCUUUCCACUUCCGAACUUUGCGUCAACAACGAACAGCACAUGGAUUGCAGUUUUUUGUUGCUAGCGAGGUGUUUACACAGUUGAAUUUUACUUCUCAAUUUUUGCUCGACAGCUUUAGGAGUAGUUAUGGGGAAGAAAAAGGCCGGCGGGGGAGUGGGACUGGGAAGAGCUUUGAUAAAGGAAAGGCUCCAAACAAGCAGAGGAAACAAGAGAGGCGACUCAUGGCUACACACAAGUGAACUGAACGAUGGCUACGACUGGGGGCGGCUAAACCUGCAGUCAGUGACAGAGCAGAGUUCUAUGGAUGACUUUUUGGCCACUGCUGAGUUGGCAGGGACAGAGUUUGUUGCAGAGAAACUAAACAUUGAAUUUGUGCCAGCUGAAGCCAGAGCAGGCAUUCUAAGAAAAGAGGAGAAAAUUCGGCUGAAGAAGCUGCAUGAAGAAAAUAAACAUUUCCUGAGAAUUCCUCGCCGUCCACACUGGGAUGAAAGCACAAGUGCAGAAGCUCUUCAGCAAGAUGAAAAAGACAGCUUCUUGCUGUGGAGAAGAACACUUGCAAAAUUGGAGGAGGAACAAAAGUUAAUUCUGACGCCAUUUGAGAAAAAUCUUGAAUUCUGGAGGCAGCUGUGGAGAGUGAUUGAGAGAAGUGACAUUGUUGUUCAGAUUGUUGAUGCCAGAAAUCCUUUACUGUUCAGAUGCGCCGAUCUGGAGUCCUAUGUGAAGGAAGUGUCACCAGAUAAGGUCAACAUGCUUCUAGUGAACAAGGCAGACCUCCUGACCAGAGAGCAGAGAAAAGUCUGGGCCAGAUUCUUUGAGAAAGAGGGUCUCAGGGCAGUUUUCUGGUCUGCACUUGCUGAAGGGAAUCGGCUGGAUGCAGAAGAAAAGGGCAUUGAAGUGGACGACCCAGAGUGCAGAGAAAGUGAUCCAGAGGAAGAUGAUGUUCCACGGAAUGAAGACCUAAGCAAUAAAGGAGCAAGUGGUGAAAAUGUGGAAAAUCAGGACAGUAAAGAGGAAGAGAGUGGUGAGGAGGAAAACCAGCAGGAAAGUGUAACAGUUGACGAGGAGGACUGGCAUACAUGCUCAGAAGAUGAGGAAGAAGGAGAUGGAGGAACUCCUACAUCAUCCAGUGAAACAUUCCACAAUUCUAGUCGACUUCUACAUAAGGAUGAGCUGCUCAACAUUUUCAAGGCUGCGCACAAAGGGCCCAGGUGUAAAGAGGAGCAGCUCACAGUUGGACUGGUAGGAUAUCCCAACGUAGGAAAAAGUUCCACCAUUAACACUAUAUUGAGGAACAAGAAGGUUUCCGUUUCAGCCACACCGGGACACACUAAGCACUUUCAGACUUUGUAUGUGGAGCCGGGCCUGUGUCUCUGUGACUGCCCUGGUCUGGUCAUGCCCUCCUUCGUUUCUACCAAAGCGGAGAUGAUCUGCUCAGGGAUUCUGCCCAUAGACCAGAUGAGAGAUCAUGUACCUGCAAUCUCCCAUGUGUGCCAGAUGAUUCCUCGACACGUGUUAGAAGGAACAUACGGUAUUAACAUCAUCAGACCACGAGAGGAUGAAGAUCCUGACAGGCCUCCCACCUCAGAAGAGCUGUUGACGGCGUACGGAUACAUGAGGGGCUUUAUGACAUCACACGGGCAGCCUGACCAGCCCCGAUCAGCUCGCUACAUCUUAAAAGAUUAUGUCAAUGGAAAGCUUCUGUUUUGCCAUCCUCCUCCACACAUCAAGGCUGAAGACUUCCAACCACAGCACAGCAAGUUUCAGAGGAGAGAGCCAGACGUGGGUCAUUUCUCCACAGCAACAAACAAACAGGGCAAAAUCAAGAGGAUUGAAAAUGUUGUUGAUAAGAACUUCUUUCAUCAGGAGAAUGUGCGUGCACUCACCAAAGGCGUCCAGUCCAUCAUGGGUUACAAACCAGGCAGUGGGCCUGUCGCACAAGCCGUUUCUGAAUCACAACCACACCAGGGAAAACCCUGGAAGAUGCACGGCAACAAGAACAAGAAGCAAAAAUUACGCAGGACCACCAAGCAUCUGGAUGCCUGAAUGAUUGUUUUAAAGAUUUUUAAAUAAACUGAAACAUGUAUAAGUUUAUAAGCAAUUUCUGAUCCAGCUGAUAGUCACUUGAACCACUGGUGAUUGAGAAUUCUUUAAUCUGAGGAAAAUGAAAUGUUUUGAACUCAACACAGAUUCUAAUAGCCUACUGUGGUUUGAAAAAUAAAAUCACCCGAUCAAAACUGCAGAUGACAGCAGCUACACAUUGAGAAAAUGUGUAAUGUACAAACAAUGGAAAUGUUGUGUAUUUAAUGCCAAAUUUUUCGGAUUGAAGUCAGACUGUUUUUCAGAAUAAAAGCUGUUUGGGUCCAGGUUGUUGUUUUCAAUAGAAGCUGCAAAUCUUUGCAAGUUAAAAAUAAACUGCUUAUUGUUCUGAAGUCAAA